UGAAGGGGAAAAAAAGGGAGAAAAGAAGGUUCUCGUUAGCGACGCCGCCCCUUCAUCUAUACGCGGCAAGUCGACCAACCUCCGAUCGAGGACGCAAGCGAUGUCUCUAAGCAGCUGCACGCCAUACUGCAAUAAAUGUUACCGUGUCGUCUCAUGGAUGGGGCGAGAAACAGGGGGGGCAGAAAGAAAGGCCCCCGGUUUCUGACGGUAAUUCAGAAAGAGGCAAGGAACGGAGACGUCCAGUGCAUUGUCAUGAAACAGGAGAUGAUGGCUAGACCAGAGGUUUCCACAGUAGAUAGAGUGCCGAUGACGACUGUAUACUCGCCGUUGAACAAAUCCCUUAAUCCUCGACUCGAAAGUAUGGAACGCCAUUCAGCGCGCCAAAAAUUUUUUUUAUCGGGCUAUCAGUUUUGCAACGGUCACGGACCAACUAGCAUGAUCCAUGGACGUCAUUCAUCUAAGUUCAGCAUCAGCCCCUCGUUUGCGAUCGAUACUUUGGAAGAUCACAAGAACGUGGGCCUCUUCUGUAUGGAGGGAGGUCGGCAAAUGAGGGAACUAGAAAGCGACUACGACGCGGAGUGGCACAGAACCAUGGAUCGAAUGAUGUUAUCCAAGGAGGGAGGGGUGGGCACCGGGAGAAAGAAUGUGGUGUGAUACCAAUGGGAAUGAAUUAAUAUGGGACAUGGCCGGAAAGCGGUGUGACUGACUCACUGACAGCGGGA